AUGACACUAAUUGCAGUAGCCACUGAAGCAGAGGAGUCUCCGCCUCCCCACUUCCUCACGGCCCGGGCUGGAGAGUCUGUGGUGCUUCCCUGUCAUGUGACGCAGCCCAGGAUUGUGAUUGGUCAACAGACGUCGUACGUGGUGGAGUGGUUCAAAGCAGGCAACUCUAUUCCCAUAUUCAUCAGCUUCCGCUACUAUCCCCCGCAUGUCGACCCAGAGUAUGCAGGUCGGGCCACUCUGCAGGGGAAGUCGUCUCUGCGUAUUGACCGUGUGGCGGCGGAGGACCACGGCUGGUACGAGUGUAAGAUCCUGGUGCUGGAGCAGCAGUACGACGGCUUCCAGAACGGCAGCUGGGUCCACCUGACGGUCAACGCCCCUCCCUCGUUUCGGCAGACUCCGCCCCAGUAUGUGGAAACUCAGGAGGGCAUCAGUGUCACUCUCACCUGCGUUGCCAAUGGCAACCCCACACCCACAGUCACCUGGCUUCGAGAAGGGAAAGUUAUCCAUGGCAACGGGAAGUAUAAGGUGACCGAUGGAAGUUUGACCUUUCCAGCUGUCACCAGGGAAGACAGAGGAGGCUACAGUUGCCGUGCCUACAGUCUCCAAGGAGAGGCUAUACACACCACCCGACUACUGGUGCAAGGUCCUCCAUUCAUCAUCUCUCCCCCAGAGAAUGUCACACUCAACGUAUCCCAAGAUGCAUUGUUCACCUGUCAGUCCGAGGCGUAUCCUGGCAACCUGACAUACACCUGGUUGUUAGGUGAAGAGAAUGUCUUUUUCAAGAAUGGACUGAAGAGGCGGGUCAGCAUCUUGAUUGAUGGCUCAUUGAUUGUUUCCCGGGUAAUCCCCGAGGAUGCUGGGAAAUACACCUGUCGCCCUAGCAACGGGCUUGGCACUGCCCCCUCUGCCUCUGCCUACCUGAGUGUACAGUACCCUGCACGUGUGGUCAACAUGCCGUCCGUCAUUUACGGUGCUCUUGGUUACCAUGGAUAUCUCCGCUGUCCAGCCGAUGCUAACCCACCUGUUAACAAGGUGUCCUGGAGACGAGACGGCCUACCACUACGCAUCGAAAAGCAUCCUGGCUGGACCCAGAUGGCUGACGGGAACAUCUUGAUAGCUGAGGUGACGGAGGACAUGCUGGGGACGUACACCUGCACGCCUUACAACGCACUGGGCAGCACCGGCCAAUCACGCGCUGCUACUCUGGUGCUUAAGGAUCCUCCCAAAUUCCUGGCAGUGCCGGCAGGAGAGUACCGACAGGAAGUUGGGCGGGAGGUGGUUGUUCCCUGUGAAGCCGACACCAAUAUUACCUGGAGAAAGGUCGGACUCCCUUCUCAUCACCAGCAUGUCGUCCUCCCCCACGGCAGUUUACACAUCCUGUCUCUCGCCAAAGAGGAUCAUGGGAUAUGGGAGUGUGUGGCCACCAACGAGGCGACCAGCAUUACUGCCAGCACCAAGCUGCUCGUGUCUGGCACAACCCCCCAUGCCCCUCUGGAUAUCCGUGUUGCCGUGACGGCGAGUGCAGCCAAUGUCUCCUGGGAGCCGGGAUACGACGGAGGGUUUGAGCAGACCUUCACCGUCUGGAUCAAGAGAGAGAGUCUGGGAGCACAUGAUUGGCUGUCGCUCCCGGUAACGGUGAAGGGUCAGCACUGGCUACUGCUGAAGGGCCUGCAGUCAGAGACCAUCUACGAGUUCAGCAUCCUGUCCAGCAACAAGAUGGGCACGGGGCGCUUCAGUGAAGUAGUCACUGCCAGCACUCUAGACUCCCCCGUAACAACCCACGAGCCUCCCCUUAUCUUGACCCCACCCCGAUGUCUCACAGCCAAUAGGACACAGCAAGGGGUGGCCCUUAUGUGGAUCCCUCCAGCCAAUCACAGUCUUCCAAUCGACCGAUAUGUAGUCGAAUUCCGAUUGGCCGAGAGGUGGGAAGUCUUCGAUGAUUCCAUCUUACCUGGAGACACAGAACUAUUGGCCCGGGAUCUACAGGAAGCCUGGUAUGAGUUCAGGGUGAUGGCUGUGAUGGAAGACAUUGUUAGCGAUCCCAGCAACAUAGUAGGGGUCUCCAGCACAGAUGCCUUCCCCCCUCCGGAGCUGGCGGACGAGAGCCUGGCGCGGCCGGUGGUGGCGGGCGUGGUGGCGACGGUGUGCUUCCUGGCGUCGGGCGUCAUCUUCAGCAUCAUGGCCAUGUGCGUGGUCAGCCAGCGCAGGGAGCGCAGGAGGAAGGCACGCCGGAGAAGAGAUCCCCCUCUCUCCAUAACACACUGCAAGAAGUCUGUUGGGACGCCAACCUCCUCGGAGAAGGUGAGCCCAGAGAGCUCCCGGUCCGCAGGACCCCAGUCGGGGUCGUCCGAAGAGCGCCUGCCUGAAAAGAAACAACAAUCGCUACCUCCUCCCUCUCCCCGGAAAGAGAGAGAGAAAGAGAAGGACAUCUCGCUCUCCCUCUACAAGUCUGCCAAACGAGCAAUAAUCAGCAAGCGCUCCAGGAUGGGCCGUAUCCCGGACGAGCCCCCGGCACAGGGCCCCAUCGAGCUGAUCAGCCGCGGGCCGGACGGACGCUUCAUCACCGAGUCGCCCGGCAACGCCCGCGAGAGCUCCGGCUCGCACCGCGACCAGCGCCACCGCAUCCGGGGCUUCCCCUUCGUGGAGGAGUCGGACAUGUACCCGGAGUUCCGCCAGUCAGACGAGGAGGAGGAGGAGAGGAGGGUGUCCUACGUGCCGUCCACCAUGAGGACGAUGCUGCGUCCGCCGCAGGUGUCGCCGCUCUCGUCCAGUCAGGAGUCGUACCUGCACCCCCCCGCCUACAGCCCGCGCUUACAGCGCCCCCUGCAGGGCUACACCAUCCUGGAGACGUCCCGCCUGCGCCCCCCCGGACCCCUCCACGACCCCCCCACCUUCCCCGGGGGCUUCGCCUUCCCCAGUGGCCACUACUACGACUACAGCCUGGACCCCGACCCACCACCGCCCUUCUACCUCGCAGAGAUGAGUCCACUCAGAAGCUCGGUCAUGUCGUCGCCCCCGUACCACCUGGAGGGCUCGUUCGGCUGCCACCCUCCCAUCCUGGAGGAGCUGGGGGAGGAGCUCGGGGAGGAGGGGGCGGAGCUGCAGCCCUUCUACUCCUCCUCGGGGGUGGAGUUCAGCUCGGCGUCGCGCUCCUCCGACAUGUGGCACCCGGGCGAGCCGCUGCCCUUCGCCGGCCUGGAGGGUCCGCACCUGAUGUUCCCGCUCUACCAGCAGCUCCAGUUCCAGCGUGAGCCCGCGCUGCCUCCCCCAGCACCCCUGCUCCUGCCCCCCCCUCUCCCGGCCCCCUCCUCCUACCCCGCCGUCAUGCCCCUCCACGUCCCCAGGGGGCGCCACAAGAAGUCGCCCAGCAAGGCGCGGGCCCAGGAGGUGCAGCAGGUGGGAGCGCUCCGGCACACGGCGCAGGGGCUGGGCGUCCCCGUCCUGCCCUUCCUCCCCGAACCCGAACCACCACUGGGACCGUUUGGUGGGCUGGACAUGCAGUGGUACGAGGUCACUUCCCAGCUGAGCCCUCCGCAGCCCCGGCGCUUGGACCCCGGCUGGUGCGUGCACCCCAUGGUGCUGCAGCCCUCGCGCCUCUCCCCGCUCACGCAGAGCCCCCUGUCCUCGCUCCAGGGCUCCCCCAUCCGCCCCCGCCCGCGCCCGCGGCCCGGACACACCCCGCCCUCCCUCCAAUCGGAGGCCUCCGAGAUCACCCUGCUCCCGCCCUCCACCGCCAGCUUCUCCCGGAAGUCGUCGCCGUCGCCGUCCGCCUCGGCCUCGGCCUCGCCGGGGAGGAGGAGCCAGCGCGGCAGCCCCCGCCACCGGGCGCUGACCGGCCCCGAGAAGUCGCCCCCGUCCCCCCGCGACGCGCGGAGCGAGGCCACGGGCCAGCGGAGAGGGGGGGACCCCCCAGGGAGCAGAGGUGUGUCUGGGAGGAUGGAGACCUGUCUGAGGGAAGCCAUCUCCACACCGCCACCGUUCACCUCCACAGGAAGACCAGCUGACAGACAGGUGAGGUCCCACGAUCACAGGACAGCUGUCUCCGCCUCUCAGACCGCCCCCUCUCCCGUGCUCAGGCGUUGA